CCGAAGCCGCUGCUCACGAAGAAGCAGAACCUCUACUACGGCUGGUUCUUCUACGUCCUGGGCAUCCUCUGGAUGUUCCUCGGCCUCGCCUUCGUCUGCGACGUCUACCUCGAGGCGUCCCUCGAGGGCAUCUGCACGGGCCUGAAGCUGAGCAACGACGUCGCGGGCGCGACGUUCAUGGCCGCCGGCGGGUCCGCGCCCGAGCUCUGCACGUCCUUCAUCGGCGUCUUCGUCGAGCGGUCCGACAUCGGCUUCGGCACCAUCGUGGGCAGCGCCGUCUUCAACGUGCUCUUCGUCAUCGCCGCGUGCGCGCACGUCGCGCCGAAUCUCACGCUGACGUGGUGGCCGCUCGCGCGCGACUGCGCGUGCUACUGCGCCUGCAUCUACGGCAUGGUCAUCGUGCUCGUGGACGGCCGCGUGACCUGGUACGAGGGCUUUGGGCUCCUCGUGGGCUACGGCUGCUACGUCACGGUCAUGUCGCAGAACGAGUUCCUCGAGAUCUUCGGCCUCAAGAUCGUCGCGGGCGUCAAGCUCAAGACGAUCAACAAGAACGGCGUCCCCGUCAAGGUCAAGAGCCCGCCGGCGGCGAACUGCGCCGUCGCGCCCGAGCCCGCGGGCGCCGCGCCGCCGGACCCGGCGGCCUCGGAGGCGCCCGCGGCGCCCGGUACGCCCGGAGGCGCGGAGCCGGCGGACGAGGCGCCGCCGGAGACGCCCGCGGCCAACGGCGCGGACGCGGCGCCGGCGACGGCGGGCGCCCCGUCGACGCCCAACGGCGACGCCGAGGAGCCCCCGGCGAACGGCGGCGGCGAGGAGAAGGAGGACGGCGGCUCCGGCGGCGGCGGCUCCGGCGGCGGCGACUCCGGCGGCGACGACGACGACGACGACGAGGGCGGCGCGCCGGGGAGCUGGGGCGAGGUCUUCACCUGCCCCACGGGCGACGGGCCCAUCGCCAUGGCCUACUGGUUCGUCAUGCUGCCCAUGUCCAUUAUUUUUUACGGCACGAUCCCCGACUGCGGCACGGAGAAGUACGAGAAGUGGUACUGGGUGACGUUCAGCCUCUGCAUCUCCUACGUCGCCGUGCUGAGCUACCCCAUGGUCUGGUGGGCGACGGAGCUCGGCGACGUGCUCGGCAUCCCCGAGCCCGUCAUGGGCCUCACGCUUUUGGCCGCGGGCACGUCCGUGCCGGACAUGCUCAGCUCCGUCGCCGUGGCGAAGCGCGGCUACGGCGACAUGGCCGUGAGCUCGUCCAUCGGGUCCAACAUCUUCGACCUCAACUUCGGCCUCGCUCUGCCCUGGUUCCUCUUCGCGGUCACGGAGGGGCCCGUGAAGAUCAACUCCGACGGCCUCACGGUCUCCAUCCUCACGCUCUUCAUGAUGGUGGGCCUCGUCAUCACGACGAUCCACUUCUCCGGCUGGAAGCUCACGGCCCAGCUCGGCAACAUCAUGUUCGGCCUCUACGCGUGCUACAUGUGCUUCGCGCUCAUGCUCGAGCUC